AUGGUUGUCGCUAUGAAAUUGUGGUGUUUCGCUAUAAUUGCGUGUCGGAAUUUCAGUUCCAAAGCUUCUUCUUACAGUAAUGGCAAGAAAAAUGGUAGAAGUUGGCCUGGGAAUUUGUAUUAUUUGUCUAAAAACAAAGAGGGUGGAAGACGUUCGAAAGCAGUAAGCAGGCCUAAAAGUAAAACUAAUUGGACUGAUGAGCAAAAUCGAGUCUUGGAAGCUGUUUGCAAUGGGAAAUCUGUUUUUGUAACAGGCUCUGCUGGGACGGGGAAGACAUUUUUGCUUGAGGAAAUCAUUAGGAAGCUCAAGAAGAUCCACGGCCGGUCUGGGGUUUAUGUGACUGCUUCGACUGGGGUUGCCGCCUGCGCCCUCCGUGGACAGACUCUGCAUUCCUUCUCCGGUGUUGGUUAUGGCGAGCUGGGUCGUGAAGGUCUGUUGGAGAGGGUUUUGUCGGAUCGAGGGGCGUGCCGGAGGUGGAGGAAGGUUAAGGCAUUGGUUAUUGAUGAAACAAGCAUGGUUGAUGCUGAUCUCUUCGAUGGUCUUGCCUAUGUUGCGCGGAGAUUGAGGGAGGAUGUGGAGAGCGCGUCUGGUAAUGCGACUUGGGGUGGGAUUCAGCUGAUUGUGAGUGGUGAUUUCUUUCAGUUAUCACCCAUUGUUGGAAGUAAGAAGGGUGUGAAGAAGGGUGUGAAAAAGGGUGUGAAGAAGGUGUAUGCUUUUGAAGCUGAUUGUUGGAGCUCGAGUUUUGAUCUUCAGAUUGAGCUGACCAGAGUUUUCAGGCAGUCGGAAGCGCUGCUGGUGCAUCUGCUGCAAGGGAUACGCAGGGCAGAAGCCGACCCUGCUGACCUGGAGCUUCUGGUGGAGUGUUGCUCGGUGAGUGAGCCGGACCCUUCUGCUGUGCAGCUCUUUCCGAGGAUUGCGGAUGUGAAUAAGGUGAAUAAGGAGAAAAUGGAGGAACUGGAUGAGGAGGUUCAUGUCUACACUGCUCAAGAUUCUGGUGGGAGGCAGUGGCUGAAGCAGCUCAAGAGUGGGAUUGCUCGUGAUGAGCUCGAGAUCUGUGUUGGUGCUCGGGUGAUGCUGAUAAAGAACAUAAACCCGUGGCGUAAGCUAGUGAAUGGUGCAACUGGAACUGUCUUGGAUUUCUGCAGAGUUAGUGAAAAGGGCUAUGGGAUGUCUGAGGAUUGCAGCCAUGGAGAUGUGCUUCCUUUGGUGAAGUUUGACUCGGGUUUAGAGGCGAUAGUCGAACCAGAGACGUGGGAGGUGAGGGACGGAGAUAAGGUUGUCGCUACCCGAAGGCAGAUCCCCCUCAUACUGUCGUGGGCUCUAAGCAUUCACAAGUGUCAAGGGAUGAGUCUUGACAAGCUUCACACUGACCUCUCUCGAGUUUUUGGCCCCGGGAUGGUCUAUGUGGCGCUGUCGCGUGUGAGAAGCUUGUCGGGGCUAGGGUUGUCGGGUCUGGAGCCGUCGAAGAUCACAGCACAUCCCAAGGUUCUGGAGUUCUACCGCAGUUUUGGUGAGGGCCAAAAUGAGAGUGAUGCAGCCGUUUUAGUGAGCAAAAUGAGAGUGGAGAAGUAG